GAACUUUGAAGCUCUAUUAGCAAAAUGCAAGCACAUGGACCCAUAUUAAUAUUUUCAUAUUUGGAAUAUUCUGGGGCUAAAGUACCUAUGCGCAAAGUUUGGUGAAAAUGACAGGGAUUUCACUUUAACUGUGGAACGUCCUUAUAAAUCAUAAUAUUUUUUCAGACGUGCAGGAUCCGAUAAGAGCGCAUUACUUUAUGGUCUCCAUAUAUAUAUCCAGCCCGCGUUUGGAUCACGUGACCCGCCAAUUAUAUCUCGAAUGAAAAUGGCAGCAGUGUGAUACAUCAGUCAUCAUUGCCUCUGCGCAGAAUCAUGGCUGUGAAGGAAACUUAAUCAUCCAGUGAAAGGUGCUUGAAAUAAGAGUAUGUCACAGGUAACCACGUCUAAGAUGUCCGCACCAAAGGUCAAGAAAUCAAGAAGCAAGACCCCACCCGGUCAGAACGAUGCUGGGCCUAGCAUUGAUGGGAAAGACCAGCCAAGGCAACGAGGAAGGAAGCUGGAGUUUGCUGCCAAGAAACCCCUGGAAGGAAAAAAGUUUUACCUGGAACUAACGGGCCCAAGGCAGAAACAUCAGUUGUCCAAACUCAAGGAAGAUAUCGAGGAACUAGGCGGGGUUGUGGAGCAGUUUUUAUCAAAGGACCUAGCGUGCGUAAUAACCAACAGACUGGAAGCUAAGGAUGUCGAGCGGAAAUCUAAAGGUGUUCCCUCGGGUACCAGCCCAGCUGUAUCAACCCCAAGCCCUUUCCAUCAAGGCAGAGAAAGUACGCCUGGCGCCACAGAUUCGCCAGGCAACGCCACCAAGGAUUCUGGAAUUGUUACCAGGGGGAAAGCCAUCGUACAAAAAGCUACCAAGUCGCAGAUGUAUGGCACAACUGAUGUGCUGACCAAUGCAAAGAACUGGAAUAUUCCUGUCAAACACUUGGAUGUCCUGAUGAAGUACCUCAGUCGCGAGAAAGAGAAACAAAAAUUGAAUGGAAAAGACAAGAAAAAGAGCAGUAAAGAGAAGAGUGUUAUAAAGACAAAAGAGAGACAGUUGACCAAGCCAUACCUCAAGGUUGAAGAUGGACCGCGACGUCACCGGCCAAUCACCAAAGAGUUUGGAUCGUGGCCUCGUAUCCUGUUGGACACCAAGAGAGGUAGCUGCCCUUACGACCCCAAGACUCGCAAUGAGGGCCACGUCCAAGGAGCAGAAAGGACCCAGGAUCGCCCUGAUGCCAGCCAGAGAACACCUGAUGUUAGUCACCGGCAGAAGGAGCUCAGUAGAAGCCAAUCUCUGAGCAAGAAGGCCAUGAGUAAGGCAGCCAAACAGAGGGAAGCAACUGCGUCCAAAAGUAAACUUGCAGCCAAAAGGGGCUUUUGUGAGUUCUGCAAUGUCAAGUACAGCAAUCUGGAAAAGCAUCUGGACACGGAACAACACAAGCAGUUCGUCGGUGAGAAGAAUAACUACACCAACCUGGACACCAUGAUUGCACAGGGACCCAAUCUAGUGAGAUUCCUAGAAGACUGUGUUAGGUUUCAGAGUGUAGAACCCGAGACCAGCAGUCAGCUGUCAAGUUCACUCGACGAGGAUUCUGAUGACUCUGGCACGGAGGAUGAGGUACUACUCUUACCAGCACCAGGGACACCUGAGAAAGCCCGUCGUCGGAAAGAUCCUGAGAAAGUCAAGAAGAAGAAUGAUCCACCAGCUUCCAGGAGAAGCAGGAACCUCGGCAGGAGUCCAAAGAAAACUGCAGAAGAUAGAACUUCUGCAGAACAACCAGGUCUUGGGGAAAAUCCCAGAAGGCACCGACAAUCAGGACUUGAGAACAAUGACAGUACUAUGGAAAAGACUGCUAGUUGCAAACGGAAAGUCUUUGAUCACCCUGCAGAUAAGGGUCCUUUGGUAGGAGGUGGUAAUGCUGCAGGAGUAGAGGAUGCAGGACAUCCAGGGGAAAACAGGAACAUCGGAUUGGAGGAUAGAUUAAGUGGUGGGGAUGGCAAUGCGGUGAACAGUCAACAGAACGCCAAUUUUACCUCUCCAGGGAUAUCUACGGGUGUUUCCAGGGUUAGCAGUCCUGGUGUAUCCGAAAGUAGAGGGAGGAACAGCAAGAAGCGUCGGAGUGGUGGAAGGAGAAGUCUCUCCCGUCAGCUAAGGGAAAGUAGAACUUUACCGAUAGCACCGCAGAGUGCACCUGAAGGGGAUGGUGUUGCCCAAGAGGGCCAGGAAUCUUGUGUGGUUCUUAGAGGUGUUGCCGGUGAAGAGGAACCCAUUAGGCAAGAAGGUGAGGAGUUUGUGAUCACCAGGAUAAGGAGGGAGGAUACUCUUGAAGAGCCUAGAACAGUAGGAGUUUGUACAACAGCAGCAGAUAAUACAGGCACACAGUCAACUGCACAUGAUCAUCUAGAUGUGGGUAAUGCUGAACAAGUAAAUGAAAAUGAUUACAGAACGGUGACCGAGAAAGUGUCUUCUGUUGAGAGACUAGAUAGGAGCGGUGUCAAAGAUGGUUCCCAAACAGUCACUAGUCCAGGGUCUGCAAAGCAGAGAGGGACGAACAAGAGGAAACGAGUAAGUGCUGGAGAUGUUGAUUCAGACGAUGUGUUCACCAGCAAUCCAACAACACCCCAGGUUGUCAAUCCAUCAACUAUAAAAGGAAGAAUGGGGAGGGGAAAGGACAGAGACACUGAAAGGCAGAAAAGAAAGUCGCGGAGGAGUCAUGCAGAUGCCCCUCCUCAGAAAGUAAGAGGAAGGAGUGUGCGAGUCAGUGGUGAUGAUGAACAGCCAGUUGAGGAUCAUGAGUAUACUGCUGGUAGUCCCUGCAUCAGGGAAGCCCAGCAAAGGGUUCCUGCUAUUCAUGGUGAUCAAAAUUCUAGUGAUGACUUCCAGCAAAUACGUACCCCAGCUUUAGUAAAUGCCAAAAGUGGCCAAGGGAGAAAGAACAAAAGAGCAAGGGGAAACCAAGACAUUGAGAGUGCAAGUCCAGGAAAUGUUACAAGAGGGUCCAAACGGAAAAAUUCCUUAAGAAAUCAUGUCAGUUCGAGUCAGUCAUCCACAGGUGACGGCAAUAACUCUGAAACAGACUUCCAAAUAUCCCACUCAUGCAAAAGCAAUGGCAAAGGUAAAAAAGACCAGUCAAGCAUUGCAAUGGUUAACAAAGACUCCAUGUCUAAAAUACAGGAAGAAAUGCAUAAAAAUGACACAGAACCUAGCAAUGUAGGAGAAGCCUCUCAUUCUGGCCUUCCCUCUGGUUCUUCCCAAGAAAGAAUUGGAGCGGAGGUUCAAGAUGUUCCAAGCAUAAUACAGAAUAUCCCUGAAGAAAGGGCACAACCUUCUAAUGCUCUGAGAAAUACCGGAAGAAAUUCAGAACGAGACAAAAAUCUUGACAGUCAAGCUGAGCAGUCAUUGGAGUUGGUGUUCAGGAGUGAUUUGGGCGCAGAGGAAUCCAGCUUCCUUGGCUUCUCUCAGGACGAUAUUAACGAAACACUCAAUCGAAGUGAAGUCUUUCAGCAGCAGAACUUGGAUAAGGCUGCUCUUAGUGUGUACUGCAUUCCCUCCUCUGAUCCUUGUCCUGAUGAAGAUGGAAGUUCUACUGGAAGCAAUGACUUCACCAUUGGUCUGGUCCUACAGAAGGUGGAGAAUUUCCCGUCAGAGGGUUCAGAAUGGGAAGAGCAAGUCACAGGUUUCAUGAAGAGACUGGACACCCAACUAGAAAUCAAAAGGAGGAGAGAAUCGGAACUCAGUACGCUACCAUCGCCAAAUUUCCACAAGACUGUCUUUGGCUUCGAGAAGGAGAAUCAAAACAUCUUGCCAGGAGUAGUUGAAGAUUUCGGACCAGAGCAUUUGUCUGAUGAUGAUGAUGCACCAGUCUUCCAGGAUGCCAGUGAAAAUGUUGAAAACUGUGAAAAGGACAAAAGAUCGAAAUUAAAUACUAGACGGCGAAGUGCAAGGAUUAAUAGUUCUUUCAAUGCUAGGGUUGCCACACGUUCAACCCCAGUGGAAAGUCUUUCUUAUACGGGAAUGUGCACAUCCCCUUCUAAGAAGAAGAGGAGUGUUUCUUUGUCAAAGAAAGAGCAAUUAUCUGGAAGUAAGCCCUCAGAAACAAAUGCACCAGCUGCUUUGCGAGAGUUGUCACCCAACCAACUUAUGAAUUCCCCACAGAAAAAUGGAGAGAGCGUGCACUUCAGCACUCCCAAACGCUUCAGAAGAAACUUGCUGAAUACCCAGCAAAGUCCUAGUGUAAAGCAUAUUGUGUUGCCACCAGGAACCCCUGUUGAAGAGCAAGAGGUCAUUUCAAAUAAUUAUGUGCAUGAUGACUCUGAGGCUGAGGUCAUCUUCCCAAAGUUUUCAAGCCCUACUCAGAAAGGAUCUAUACUUUCUCCUGUGAAGCACCGAGUGCAUAAACAGAUGAUCAAAUCUAGGCGCCGUUCUGCACCUCUCUUGGGUCAGCGUGAUGUACAAUCAUCACCCCUUCGUCCAAGCAAUCGACAUGACCUUCUCCCAUUUGCGUUUCCACUGUCAUCUAGGAAGUCCUUAUUCAUGAAAGGACGUGUCAAGCGUAUCAACAUCUCGUCUCCUCGGAAGCGAUCCAAGUCUGCUUCCUCGCCGGCCUCCAAAUCCUCCCAAUUCUUGACAUUCCUCAAUGAACUCAAAGCUGGCCUUUCUCCGAUGUUCUACACCUUCAGGAAGCCACACUUCUCGCUGCGCAUCCUGCAGCCUUCCGCAGUGCGGCGCAGACAUCACUACCCGAGGAUGUCCCGGUCUCUCCUUGCACUUAACCUCUGUCUCCCUUCGGAUGCUGAGCUCAGGAUCUACGAGUUCCAUGAUGACGACAGCAUGGACGAAGAGGAGGACCUUUUUGUCAGCCCACUGAAGAACGACUCUACAAGAAAGGAACUUCAUGAUCAAUGCACACAGACUCCACCAUCGAUCCGCAAGCAGCGAAGGUUAAGAUCCCGCAGCCUCUCGGGUGGGAGGAAUAAAAGUGCACCUGCUCCAAAUGUCAACGGAAAGGGGAGGAAGGUAAAAGAAGUUGAACAUGACAGCGUAAGAAAAGGAAAGAGGAAUGUAAAAGUUCAAGCAAGUAGUCCAGAAAUUGAUUCUAUCUUUGAUAUGCCAUCAGGGUAUUAUUUGUAAAAAAAAUGUGGAUAUUCUUUACACCUGUUUGCACUUAUGUCAGUGUUAAUUUGACAGAUGUUUCUUGUUUCAUUAUCAGAGUGUGUGAAUGCAUCACAUUUUAUAAAAACACCCAAUUUUAUGAUAAUCAUUCAGGAGCAAGUGAGGCAUUUGCGAACUAAAUUUUAGAAAGUUUUAAGAAGCCUGGAUGGGAUUGAAGUACAGCAAUCAGUGGUUUGUUUGCUUAGGGCAAAGUGCAAAAUCUUACGUCCUCUCGCGAAACAGUAUUUAAAUCUACAUGUUCAUGUAAAGUACUAUAUUGAUCACUGGAUGAUUAUGAAAAUACCUUAAGCUCUUUAGGUUUAUUUGUACUUUCUUUCGAGCUGAGAUGUUCAUGGUGCAACUGAUUCCAGUCUCUUAAUGCCUUCUGAAUAUUUUGUAGGUUAAGUAUUCAGAUAGAAGCUAUUACCUUGAUUACAAUUCAAACUGUCAAAUUUCCAUUGCAGUCUUAUUCAUUUAUUUAAAGUAAUUCCCAUGUACAUGUAGUACUUGAUUCUUUUGAAAUAUGAUUUGUGUUCAUCAGUCAUGCAGCGUUGGUCAGCACCACUGACUAAGUUCUGUGCAUUAUCGUCAGUUUUCAUGGGGAAUCUGACAACAUUCACUGCCCUGUCUUACAAGGAGUUGUGAUUGGCCUGGGGCUUGCCUUACAAAGAGUUGCGAUUGAUCCGAUCAAUCACAACUAUGCCAGCUACAUUGUACAUCAACAUCUAAAAUACAUGUUCAUAUUCAUACAUUUACUAUUUUCUCGACAAUUCAGUAUGCUUUUCUUUGUUUUCAAAGGACAUUGAGCAAAUUUCCAAAAGAAAAAAAUUAUGACAUUGAUGGAUUUCCACAUACUUGAGAUUGAUCGGAUCAAUCGUAACUCUUUGUACGACGGGGCCCAGAUCAGCCACUGUAACUAUGGAAAGCCAGCAAUGCAUGUUUGUUCAAAAUAUUUCUAGAUUUGAUGUGCAUUUCUACACUCAUCAUCUUCUUGGAAAUUCAUUUGUGGUUCUCUUUCUUUACUAAGGACAUUGUGCAAAUUUCCUGCUGUACUGAAAAUAAUGACAUUGAUGGAUUUCCAUAUAGUUAAGAUUGAUUGGAUCAAUCCUAACUUUUUGUGAGACGGGGCCCUGAAGUCAAUUACCCAGGGUGGAAUCAGAUUCAUGACCCCUGGGGCCCGUUGCAGAAAGAGUUGCGUUUAAACGCAAGUCAAAAAAUCAAUUGCAAGUCCAAAAUGCGCACUGUUGAUUGGUUAAAAAUAAAGUUGCGCAUGAUUUUUAGAGUUGCGCAUGAUUUUUAGAGUUGCGUUUGAUUGCAACUCUUUCUGCAACGGGCCCCUGCAGAUGAUUUGUAAUGCUACUGGAUAUUCUGCCCUCUGCCUUAUGAUAAAGUCAUUAUCGUACUUUUCCUAGUCUGGCAUAGUUUGUCGAAGUCCUUUUCCCUCAUUCGAGAAAUUAACUUUCGCUCCAAUGUGACAUACCCCUAACCCUCAAUCAUCUCAUUCAAAGCAACAUUGUGUUAAUUAUACCUAUAGAUAGAAUUCACUUCCGAUUUGUACAUUUACUGACCUGCAAUCAUGUGGAUUUGCAGUGAAGAGGCAAAUAUGUAUUCCUUCUUUUUCAUCAUUCAUGCUUUUCCUACCUUGUCGUUUUUUACACAAGUAUUUUUUGAGCUAGUUAAAUUUCCUAUAAAGGUAUAGAACGUAGGUCUUCCCUUUUACUGAUUGUACUCGACGACAAAUUUUCUUUUUGUACAUGUAUCAUGUUCACAUUUUGUAAGAAAGUUGUUAGAUGGAAGAAUCAAAUUGUAUUAUUUGUUGUCUGUAGGGGCGUUCUAUAAGUUUGACAAUGCUCAUUUAUUUCCCUUGAUCAUACUCUAUUCAGGAAUGUUUUAUGAUGUGUCUAAUUCAGUACUUUGUGAUAUUCUACCUCCUUUGUCUAUUAUAAAAUCAAAAGAGAUGUUAACUAGUUUAUGAGGCUUUUUAACAUGUCGUGCUUGCAAAAAAAAAGAUUACUUGGUUUCCUUUCGUAGGCUGUUUCGAGAAACUUGCAAUUGAUCGCAAGCCAAUGUUUGGUCCAAAAUCAAUCGAAAGUCAUGCUUUUCUUCGCAAGUUUACAAUAGAUUGAUAGUCUGCUUCUUGCAUCCACAAAUAUAAAGUGAUUUGCUCAAUAAUUGAUCACGGUCCCGGCAGCCACUGAGCAGUGCCAGAUUGACGUCGCCCUAUCCCUUAAAUCGUUGAACGGGAAACGGUAGAAACAACUCACACCUUUUGAAUGUCUUUUGGUCUGACGCGGCCGGGACUUAAGAUCACAACCUCCCGGUCGUGAGGCGAUCACUCUACCAACUGAGCCAACACACCAGGAAAUGUCAGAUACAUGUAUCUUGCGAGCCUUGUACAUUGUAAAUAUGUUAUCGCCAGUGGGCUAUUAAAACAUCAAAUGACACUUAAGCACCCCUUUUUGUUUAGACGAGUUCUCUACAGGAAUAAGGUGACUAUUUUAAAGAAAAUAUGAGCUUUGCUUCCGUCAGCGUUUUUUUCUAAAAUUCAACUUUUUAAAAGCUGCCCUCAGGUUAUUAAACUUUUGCAUUUACAUGUAAAGAUUUAAAAGCCCGGUGAAGAAUAUAUUUAUUUCGCCUGCAACUUCUCAAUGGUGUGAGUUUUUCCUAUAAUGUUCAUGUGAUAUUUUUUCAUGAUAUUUUAUACUUCUUACGGCUAUCUCUACUGUAACAUGAUCUUCUCUGAAAUAUCACAUGCAAAGCUGAAUGAAAGUCUUCCCAAAAUAGCUGUUCACCUCAGACACUAACACAAGUACAUUAUAGAGUGUGUAUGUUAAAAAUACAUGAUUGCUGAAGAUUUCUAUGUUGUAAAGGCCAAGCAAUUGCUACCUUUCAUAUAUUUUGUGUGAAUCACAUAUUUCUUUCAGGAAAUUUUCUAUUC